AUGGUGGAUCCAAAGGACGACCCCGAAGCGGAUCAGGACGAUUUGGCGCUUGGGGCCAUGAUUGCCCAGUCUGUGCAAUCACUCGCAGAAGCACAAAGCUCAGAAAACCCACCAGAAAGUCCAGAAAAAUUGCAUGUUGAAGACGAUGACGAUGAGCUCGAUCUUCAAAAAGCCAUUUCUCAAGCUAUGCAAAGUGUGCAGGCGGAAGUGGGUCACAAUGUGGAGCACACAAACGACACGAAUAAUGAAAACAUGGCACAGAAUGACCAAGACCGAAAUAAAAAUGACCAAAAUAACCAAAAUGAUGAACCUCAAAUUGAACCCCAAAAUGAUUACAACGACAGCUCAGCAGCUAUUGAGAAUGCUCUAGCUGAUACCUUGAUGGAAGAGGGUCGUCAGGGAGAACCCGAAGAGAAAGAGGUACACGGCUCGUCAACAACGAACAUUUCCGAAAAUUCUGCCAAUCUUCCAAACAGUUCGAGCCACGACGACGAGACAGACGAUGCACUCACCUCGGCCAUAGGCGACGCCUUGCGCACAGUUGGCCGCUACGACGAGACAGACGAUUUGGUACGAGCAAUAGGCUCGGCAAUGGACGGAGAAAAGAGCCACAACCACGACGAAAACCACCACGAAAAAUCCACUUCUGACCACCAAGAAACCAACGACGACCACCUCAAUUCUGUCAUUUCCUCGUCAUUGCAGCAGGUCCUCAAGCACGACCACGAAGACAUGGACUCUGCCAUUGCCGAUGCAUUCAAGAGUGCCUUGAGAGAGGAAGAAGAUAUCUCUUCCAUUGUACAAAAUAUCGUGUCGCGAGCUACAGACACAGAAAUAUCCAAGGAAACUUUGCGAGAUAUUGCCCUGGAAAUAACUUCUCAGGUUCAAAGACACGAGAAAGAAGUCCCACAUAUCGACGACCAGGUGUUGGCUCAUUUCCAAAAAGAAGCAUACCAAGACCAUGACGACCAUGUCGUGGACCCAGAACUAGCCAACUUACUGCGCUCUUCAACCACAGCUGAACCAAGCCACGAAGACCACCAAUCGUCAGCACGAAGUUCAGCGGCCACAAACGCUUUACUUGCCAAAAUACUCCCCUCCACAACUGCACUGUUUCUCGAAUCUCUUGACACUUCCAAAGACAUAGAUCUCAAAGACAAGCCGCUACUGAUCGCCGAAACGUUGGCUCGUCGCCGUGCCUCGAUGCGCCCCGCUGGAACGUCAAUGGACUCGUCCAACUUGCUUCAAACUUCGGGAUCGGUUUCUUCUCUCAUUUCCUCACUUUCUUCUCGAAUCCAUGCUGGUGGAACCAACAAUUUACUCCAGGCCAUCCGGCAAAUGACAUCGACUUUUUCACCGGCCAAAACCACCACCACAGACAUCAUUCUGUCCAUGUCCACCCACGAGAGAGAAGACCUAGUUUUUCGGCUCGUGAUAGCACAGCGGUUUUUACGCGAAGGUCCAGCGGCAGACUUGGUGACGAGAGCCAUUGACCUUGUUCGUGGACCCGAUCGCCUACCAGAUAUGCUGCAAGAUAGCAUUGAGAAUUCUGUUUCGUCAGAAAUGGUGGCAGCGUUGGACAGCUCGCUCAAUUCUGCUUUAAGUUCUGAGCGAAAGCUGACGCUGGUAAAGCCAGAAGUCGACUCACCAGAGUACAAGGAACGUAUUCGGAUUGAGAAUCGUGAGCGGAAAAAGCGAUGGAGAGAAGAAAACGCCGAGCGGAACCGAGACAACGAUUUGAGGCUGCGGGUGUUGAAGCGAGCAUCGCUUAUGUUUGGUGACAACGACAGCGCCGAAAAACGAGCAUGGGCCGAAGAAGAGUUCAACCGGCGCAAGGUUAAGAGACUAGCAAAGCAGCAGAAGGAAGACGACAAACCACGCGAAAACCGUCGGCCAGAAAAGAACCCCGAACUCACCAAACCUCUUCAUGAUGUUUUCCAUAUAUUGAGCGAUCUCAACACCGACUCGUUUGCGUUGGUUCCCGCUGUUUCUGCCUGUACCGCUACCAUAGCCUCGGUGUAUGCAUUCAGAAACGGCACUGAUCUCAAAACUGUGGAACCGGCAGUUCUCACCACCAUGGCCCAGCUCAUGGAAGCGCAACGAAUGAGGUGGGGAGAACCAGUGCAAAAGUCCGAUUUGCCAGAACCCAAAAGAUUACGGCCAAAUUAUAAACCCCACGAAGAUAAACCUGAGAUUUUAAAUCCGCCAAACCAGCCAAUGGAGACUCCCCAUUACAUUCAACACUCUCCAGCGCUUCCAUCUUCUGUGAUUUCCCAUCAUCUGCGUCCAUUGAGAAUGCCCAGCUAUCGUCCAAAAGAUCCACCACAACUCACCAAGCUGUCUCCAUUUCUCUCCAAUAAACAAGGAAGACUUGAAGCACCCAAAGGUUUGCGCAAACCAGGAAGCUUUCAGCGUCCACAGAAGAUGGGUCGCUUAGGAACUCCCCCGGUGUUCAAGUAG